AUGAUGUGUCUUCUUCCCCUGGUGCUCUGCACCCUGGCUGCAAGCUGCAGAGCUUCAUUUCCAGCCCAGCAAGCUGUCACGCCAUCAACUGUCCAGUCUCGGGGCUGUAAUGACAAAGAUGUAGUAUCUUUUGCUAAAUUUGCCCUGGAGGACAUCAACAAGGACCGAAGAGAUGGCUAUGUACUCAGCCUCAACCGAGUGAGCGAUGCUCGUGAACAGAGACAGGGUAACGGUAUGGGGUCUUUGUACUAUCUCACCCUGGAUGUAUUAGAGACGGAGUGUCACGUGCUCAGUGAGAAGUCCUCAAAAGACUGUGAGAAAAGAAGUCUGCAUGAAUCAGUGUAUGGUCAAUGCAAAGCAUUAUUUUACAUUAACCAAUCAAAAAGAAUUCUCUACACACCUGCUUAUAACUGCACUCUUCGUCCAGUCUCUCGAAGAUACAUUCAAAUGAUGUGCCCCGACUGCCCCAGCCCCAGUGACUUGUCAGAUCCUCGUGUUUUAGAAGCCGCCAGAGAGUCUCUUGCAAAAUUCAAUCGUGAGAGCGCCUCAAAGCAGUAUUCUCUUGACAAAGUCACCAAGGCUUCUAGCCAGUGGGUGAAUGGUCAGGCCUACUAUGUGGAAUAUUUAAUCAAGGAGUCACCAUGCACCAAAUCCCAGGUCUGUACUCUACAGAGCUCUAAUGCUCAGCCUGUUGGUAUUUGCAAAGGUUCUCUGACUCAAGUUCGGAAAGAGAAAUUUGUCUCUGCUGAUUGCUACUUCUUUAAGUCACAGGAAACUGCUUUUGGAAGUAAAACCUCUGCUGUAAAACAGACCCAGCAGAAAAGCACAAACCCCUCAAUCUCAGCCUCCAACACAGUGUCAAGAGGAUCUGUACAGAACCUUCCUGACUUAGAUGAUGAGAAAACCAAGGGUUCCCAGAAAAGGGGUCCUGUGGAAGACUUCCCUGUAAAUCUGGAUCUCACCACCAAUCCCCAAGGAGAUACCCUGGAUGUCUCCUUCCUCUUCAUAGGGCCUGGUGAGGAGAAGCUGCUUGUUCUACCUUUCCCUAACAAAGAAAAACGCUCUGCUAAUUGUCCUGGACCAGCCCAAGAGGCCAACCCUUCGAUUCUCCCCCCUUGA